ACUAAGUUAAAAAUGAAUAACUACUUACAAAGUAUAUGUAUGUACAAGUAACUGCUGUGAUUAUUGUCAACAUUAUUAUGAUUAAACUGUGCAGCAGGUUCCUCUACAAAGGGAGAUAGACUGUCCUGCGUGUGCUGAAAUUUCAAGACUCAAAUGAGUGAAGAGUACCAAACACAGCUAGGACAAACAGGGUCAUCAUCUUCAAUAAAUGAGAUUGAUAUUAUGCAUUGGAACUUGAGAAGAUAUCGCGGACGCCAAAGCGGAGUGGGUCCUACCCUAUCAAAGGGUGCAUCUCGACGAGUGGAAGAUGGCGCUACUUCAACGUUCCAAGACCACCGGGAUGUUCAAAUAAGUGAAUUGAAGGCAAAUCAAGAGUUGAUGCAAGCAAAUCAGGAGUUGAUGCUUCGUGCCCUACAACAAUUUAUUCCUGGCUUUCAACUUCCUUCACACAGCUCCGCAAAUGAUGUUCCUUCUACAUCAAGUGCUAACCAACCUGAUCAGAAUCUCGAUGAAGAUGAUCAAGAUUGAUAACAUGGAGUUGAAUAUGCUUUUUACUUGGUUAAGAUGAACAUGAAUUUAUUUAUGUUUACAUUUUGUGAUGUUGUUGGUAACAAUUUAAUGAAACUCCGUUGUAGGAUAACUCACUUUUACUAUGGAUAUUGAAUGAAUGUAUGUGUUGUUGACAUUGGUUGUGUUUGGACAGAUUGUGGUACUAUUGGUUUAUUAAUAAAAGUUUUGUAUGAAUAGCA